ACGUUAUGUCUGACACGGGAAAGGUCAAAGGUGAAACUCGUGGUUUGGAUGUUUAGCGGGCUCCAAAACAAACUCGGUUGCUAGUUUUUUCCCCUCCACCUAAUGUCUGAAAGGACCACAUCCACUGCAUGUAACCAGGUUUGACUGGGACAUUUGGUUUCGUUUUAAAUCCCGUCUUAUCGCUAAAGAAGUCUUUCGCUUCCGGUUUGUUAUCUGAUAUAGAUACAUUUGCUGUAGUUGGUUAGCGGCUAACAGUUAGCUGCCUGCUUUUCCCGGGUUAGUGUUCCGUUUUGCUCCUCAGUCAGCUGUAGAAUAAAACUGCACUCACUACACACUGUUAUAACAAACCUUUUUAAACACCCGCGGGUUUAUUCUGUAAUACUAAGCCAGGCAGUAUAGUGAAGGUGAAGUUCCCUCGCUAAUUUGGCUAACAUACAGCUAGCUGAGCUAAGUCGGUGUAGUAGUAAUGGCGGAGAGACCUGAGGACCUGAACCUGCCCAACGCUGUUAUCACCCGCAUUAUCAAAGAGGCUUUACCAGAUGGUGUAAAUGUGUCCAAAGAGGCAAGAAGAGCCAUAUCUCAAGCAGCCAGUGUAUUUGUUCUGUAUGCUACAUCAUGUGCCAACAGUUUUGCCAUGAAAGCCAAAAGGAAGACUCUAAACGCCGGGGAUGUGAUGUCUGCUAUGGAGGAGAUGGAGUUUGAGCGAUUCUUGCCACCUCUGCGCGAGGCUCUUGAGGCCUACAAAAAGGGCCAGAAGGGGAAAAAAGAGGCAUCUGAACAGAAACGUAAGGAUAAAGAGAAGAAGAAUGGCACAGAAGAAAAUGACAAGGGCAGAGAGGAAGAGGAGGAUGAAGAAGAGCACAUAGAGGAUGAGCAGGAUGGAGAGAACGAGGGAGAGGAGGAAGAUGUGGAGAAUUGAGGGAGAAUGGCAGAAGUUCAGCACCAUUUUCUACCCACCCUGGUUCCUAAAGACACUCUAGUUGUGUGUCCACUGUGAGAAGAAAAGGGAGAGAAUACAAACAGCCAGCACUUGAUCUCUAUGAAAAAAUAAAAUUAGGCACCGAGGAUUAAAAGAUACUUGAAUGAUGGCUUUGUUCCCAUCUCUACCCUGUUUAUGAGAAGUGUUUAUGUUCCAGGUUCAUGUUGUACUUGUCUUCUCAGUAGCAGUAUACUUGGUAUCUUCACCUGCAUGGUUUAGAAAUGAAAUUUGACCAUAUCAGUGUACCUGUAGCUUAAACAGACUGAGCGCGAGGCUGUGCGUACAUUCUGAAAAGUCGGAUUGUCUCUUUUUGUGGAAUUGAUGUCUGCAGGUGAAGUUGUAUUGUUAAAAAGUCAUCCACAUCUUUUGGUGCUUCAUCUUGGAAUAAAUUGUACAGGAAAGUCUGGCAGCACAUUGUAAAAUUCAGGGAAUGUGGAAAAUGCAUUGUUGAAACAGAGACAGGGAUGUUUUUGAUAGUUUCCUCACAUCUGGGUCAGGGCUUUGCUGGUAUCAGGCCUUGAUACAUGUUUUAACUUUCAAAUAAAUUUGUACUUUUGUAGGACUCAGUCAGCCCACCCUGAACUGGUUUUCAUAUUAAAGGGUUUUUUGUGUAAA